AUAACUGUUAUUGGGUGAACACCCGUCGUAUCAAUAUGAUUGCCAAGGUCUUUUUUGUGCUCGUGUUUGGGUAUAUAGCGUCUGUUGUCUAUACGACACCGCUAGAUGAGCAAAAACUAUUUAAGUGUCCCCCGAAUGAAAAAUAUUACAAAUGCAGCCUGGAGGUCUGUUAUAAGAAAUGUGAUAACAUUGCGAAUCCACCACCGUGCCCUCAGAUUGCAGCAAACUGCUUCAAGCCAUCCUGUGAAUGUAUUGAUCAUUAUUUACGAGAUAAAGAAGGCGGCCAAUGCAUACCUGAAGAAAAUUGCCCUCAAUUUGAAAAAUUGAAAUUGGUUCCAUGAUCGCAUAAGUAGACUAUCGAUUCGUUAUUUUAUUAUAUACAAUAAAAUAAAUACACUAUAUACUAAA